GAGGCGUUAUCAGACUCUGACAGGAUCAGAAUCCUCCAGCAGCAGAAUGAGGACCUGCAGCGCCGCCUCUCUCUCUCCACCCACAAGAUGGAGGCCAUGGAGGCGGAGUUUGACGGCAGCCGUCACUACAUGGAGGCGGAGCUCAGCCGGACCCGAGACGACCUCGACAAGAUGAGGGACAAGUUCCGCAGACUCCAGAACAGCUACACGGCGUCUCAGAGAGCCAAUCAGGAUCUGGAGGAGAAGCUUCACGCUCUGCUACGGAAGGUGGAGAGGGACAAAAAGACGAUGGACCAGGAGAUCGUGGAGCUCACCAACAAACUGCUGGACGCCAAGAACACCGUGGACCGUCUGGAGGAGCUCAACGAGCGCUACAGGCAGGACUGUAACUUGGCCGUUCAGCUGCUCAAGUGCAACAAGUCGCAUUUCAGGAACCACAAGUUUGCUGACCUGCCGUACGAGCUUCAGGACAUGCUGAACAAACACAUGAAGAGCAGCCUGCCGGAGCGAGGCCCCGCCCCCGGCUCCCAGGACCCGGACACGCUCAGUUUGACUCCCGCCGACGUCGUGCCGACCUCCGUCAUCGCCCGCGUCCUGGAGAAACCCGAGCCCCUGGUCCUCAACUCCGCCCAGUCCAGCAGCAGCUGCAGCCGCCCCGUCGCAGAGGACGUCUUCGUGCACGUGGACAUGACGGGCCCCGCGGGGGCCGAGGGCCGCGGCCGCGGCCGGGAGAACGGCGGCGGUCAGGAGGCGGCGCAGCAGAACGGUUCCUGCCGCAGUCAGAGCAGUCUGGACGGGCAGUCGGGGAGCGAGGAGGCGGGCGGCGCUCCGUCCUUUGAGAAGCUGAACCCGUACCCGCCGCCGCCGCCCCCCCACCCGCUCUACCCCGGCCGCAAAGUCAUCGAGUUCUCGUCAGACGACAAAGUGAAGAUCCCAAAAAACUCCCCGCUGCCCAACUGCACCUACGCCACGCGGCAGGCCAUCUCUCUGAGCCUCGUCCAGAGCGAUGACGAGCGGAUGGCCCCUGGCAGCCCCGCCCCCUCAUCCUCCUCCGGCGGGGGCGUCCACCAUCACACGCCACCAUCCCAGCGGGACGCCGCCAGCGAGCCGCUGUCCAGUCAGUCCAGCCCGUUCAGCAGCCCGCCACAGGCGCCCAGCGUGCUGGCGAGCUCCGGGAGCUCGGAGGAGGACCUGCUGGCCAGCUGGCAGCGGAUGUUUGUGGAGAAGAUGGCGCCGUCCACUGAAGGCUCCGUGGUUCACCGCACGUCAUUCAGCAGCCAGACGGCUCAAGAGCUGCAGAGGAGGAGGCCGCCGCCGGGGGGCGGGGCUUCAUCCUCCACCGACCGCCACAGAGCGGCGUAUUCGGAUGGCGAGGAGGGUUCGUCGGCACGGAGCUGGACGCCGAGCCGCGGGUCCAGCCUCGACACCGACACAGACACCGAGCUGCGGCCCGGCAAGAGGGGCCGUUGCGGCGACGGCGGCUCCGUGGAGGAGGGCGAGAGGCUGCUGAUGAACCUGGAGGAUGAUGGCGGCAGCGGGGACACGGCGGUCACCUUGGCAACCAGCCCAGCCGACAGCCGCAGGAAGGAGCUGGGGGGGGAGGAGGAGGAGGAGGAGGAGAGCUCGGCCGAGGAGAGAGACGUCCUCCCCCACGACCUGCCCGUCAUCUCGCCCCGCCUCCUGGACUUCGACCCCGCCCUCGCCGCUGCCGCCGCCGCCCCGCAGCGGCCUCAGAAGAGCCCGAAGAGGAUGGGCGUGCACCACCUGCACCGCAAAGACAGCCUGACCCGAGCCCAGGAGCAAGGCACGCUGCUGGACUGACGCUCGCUCUCCGCAGCCUGAGCACGCCUCGCUCGCCCCACACUGUGCUCCCUCAGCUGACCCGGCUGUCACAGAGGUCAGAGGUCACGGCCAUCCAGGAUAUAGCCAUACUCUACCGUAUGCUGCCGAGCUCGCCGCCCGACCCGUGUGUGUGUGUGUGUGUGUGUGUGUGUGUCAGACCGAUCAGUUGUGAUAUCGAUCAGUGAUUUAAAGUGUUAAAAAAUUAAAACAGUAUUUUUAAAGAUUAACUAGAAUCAGAAAACAAUUCUCUUAAUUUUGUUCAAAUUUAAUCAAACACGUAGAGGUCGCCGUUCUUCUUCUGAAAGCAGAACGAGGCAGGAAACUCAGUAAGAUUAAAGGUUGAUGAAACAGUUGAAUGAAGAUUAAAGUUUUUUAAAACACUCAAAAAAUAACAGAGUUUGGUUGGUGGUCAUGUAGCGUCCAGCACGUGGACGGCUGAUUAAACGACGAUAUGUUGAUUAUUGGAAAAUUAAGUUCUGAAUAAUCAGUCAAAAUAUAAUAAUGAUUGUGUGUGUGUGUGUGUGUGUGUGUGUGUGUGUGUGUGUGUGUGUGUGGUCAGAGUACAAAACUAGAAACUUUACGGACGUCUUUGCCUUGUUUCCUGACCGGGAGCUUUUAUUUUGAAGAGAACACACACUCAGACUCUCAGUGCCUAUCACACUUCCUCUCUCUCUCUCUCUCUCUCUCUCUCUCUCUCUCUCUCUCUCUCUCUCUCUCUCUCUCUCUCUCUCUCUCUCUCUCUCUCUCUCUCUCUCUCUCUCUCUCUCUCUCUCUCUCUCUCUCUCUCUGGAAGGUUGCGAGUAUGACGCCGGGCCUACUUGAAGGUCAGACUUUUAUUUUCUCGUCUUAUAUUAAUCAUUGAUUUCCUGUCGUGGCGUGUUCAGAUUGGUCUGUCGGGACGUCACGGACCAUCUCACCUGACUGGGGGGCGGAGCUUCUCCCACCUGGAAUGUAACCAUCAAGUUGUUAUUUUGUCGUUAUCACCUUUUUGUUUUUCUUCGUUAUGAAAUCUGAAGUAUUGAUCCAUUAUUAUUAAGAGAUUUGUGUCUGUUUGGAUUUGAGUUGUUGUUGUUGUUUUUUUUUGAUCAGUUGUUUGUUUGUUUUUUUGUUCAGAUCACGUUCUACGGAAGCCUGUUAGUGCCAGAAACAGAAGUCAUCAAUAAGAUGAAAGAAUAAAUCUUUCACUUACUGAGGAUCAAUAAUAAGAAAAAGCUGAGUAAGGAUUAAUUGCUAGAGGCUAACGACUGUUUAACAGCGCUAGAAAUCAAGUCAAAAGGAUGCUUAAGUGUUGAUCACACAUCAAAAAGUGUAAAUGCAAACAGGAAAUAUAGAUGACCAUUGAAUUCUAACCAGAUGGUAAAAAGGUGUACGUGAGCUUUGGUCGUAUCAGGUGUGAAGUUACUGCUAAUUCAAGCCUAAUAAUUAUUAAUUAUAAUUAUUGAUCUGUUUUAUGUUUCUGGCGCCUCCGCGCUUCCGUACGUUACCUUUCAGUUUGUUGUUCUGAGGUCGGUGUCGCUGAUUGAAUGUUGCCUUCCUCACCGCUCUCUGAUUGUGACUCUCACCGAGGACCAAUGAUCACUGAUUGAUUGACUGCAGGAGUCUUAACAGAGUUUGACUUAAUGAAUUUAAAACCUGAACACUAAAUAGUUUUUUUUUUUUUUUCUUUUUUGUGAGACGCCGACAGUUUGUUUCCUCAGCGGCGUCCAUGUUGUCACAGGAAGUGAUGGAGUAUUGAUCAGCACUGAACUGAAGUGUUCGAACUCUGUGUUAAAGCUUCAGUGCGCUGAAGAUACAAUUAUUGAUCAGCCUUUAAAAGCCGAGAGCGGCCGUGGUAUUGAUGAUUUCUUUAGUCCUGUUUUUUUUUUAUCACGAAUGAUCUUGUUAUAGAUCAAGACGGCGCACACGAGCACCAAUCACAGACUAGCUUCAUGACCAUGUGGUGUGCUAUGGUCACUGCUGGUCGAGUAUUGAUCAAAGUGCAUGAUGGGACACAGACGUGUUGGCAGAACGGGCUGGUCACAGGUUUAAUCCCUGCGUUAGUCCGCCGUCGAGCUGGAUGUCGUGUGGAUCCGAGCAAAUGAAACUAGGCUAGCAGGGUCUACCUGCUUACAGUCUUUGUGCUAAGCUAGGCUCAAUAUGUUCUGGCAUAAAACUAGUUACCUACAACAAACUUUUUUGCUUUGGAUAAUGCUUUGCUAACAGCUAACAUUAGUUCGCUUUAGCAGGCGUUUGUAACCAUUCACAGCUAAUAUCAGCUAGCUACAUACACUAAAGUUAACAUAGGAUACGCUAGCUGUUUGUAGCUACCGUAACAUCAGCUGUCUGCUAACAGCUAGCAUGGUUUCUUAUGUAAUUAACCCUAAAGGACCGUAGCAGCAUGUCUGCGUGUAUUAGCCUGUUAAAUGGUUGAAACGUACAGGAGUUAUUGUCUGUUACCGACGGGAACCUCGGCGUGAUUUAGCCUGUUAACUACAGAAACAUCGGCAUGUUUUAAUCAUUUACCUUAAAAGGUUAAAUGUGCAGUAGUUAUUGUCUGUUAGCUACAGGAACAUCUGUGUGUUUUAGCCUGUUAGCUACAGGAAGCCCUGCGUGUGUUAGCCUGUUAGCUAAAGGGUUAAACGUGCAGGAGUUAUUGUCUGUUAGCUACAGGAACAUCGGCAUGUUUUAAUCAUUUACCUUAAAAGGUUAAAUGUGCAGUAGUUAUUGUCUGUUAGCUACAGGAACAUCUGCGUGUUUUAGCCUGUUAGCUACAGGAAGCCCUGCGUGUGUUAGCCUGUUAGCUAAAAGGUUAAACGUGCAGUAGUUAUUGUCUGUUAGCUACAGGCUAAAACACGCAGGAGUUGCUGUGGGAGCCGGCCGGUGGUAAAUAAAACAUGUACAAACAUGUUCAGGCCGUUUCUUGGUCUCUGAGCUGCUGAAAUAUUUAAAAACUAUUUUCUUCUGUGUGACGGCUGCAGGAUGAGGAACACUGGAAAAUCCCACACACACUUGAACACAGAAACGCACCAUCCUCUCCUCCUCUUUCUCCUCCUUUUAUCAUGCUGAUUUCUUCGUCCUCGGCUGUAAUUAUUAGCAGAACGAGCGGCGGCCGUUAAAUUAUUAAGGUUUUAUUACCGUCAGAAAUGGGUCGCUAAUACUUCAGAGUGCGCACAGGGUGGAAAUGUAAGUGUUUAAUAUUUCAUACGAGCCAUCAGAUGUUCAGGAGACGCGAGGAGAGAGCAGGAAGUUGGAAAUGAGAGAGUGUGUGUUGUAGAGUGAUGCACUCUGGGUAUAAAUAGAUUUUACAUCUGGACUCGUGCAACUUUAAUGAUUCUUCUUCAUGAAUAUAAUCGGAGACGUCGACCGGCCGCCUCGUCUCAGCCAAGGUCACCUCCUCCCUACUCAUCUUUCUUGCUCCUGCCCGUUCUCUUCUCCUCUUUUACAUACUUACCUUUUCUUCUUCAUCAUUAUUCCUCCUCUUUCCCUUCCACCAUAUGUUCCUCCUCUCCUCUGGCAGACAUUUUAACUCCUUACUAGUCGCUAUUUAAAAGCUACUGUUCAAGGUGUUCAUUAUUAAUUAUGACUUAUCAACAUUUACAACAACAGCCGUCUUGUUGGCUUAUUAGAAAGUACUGAUCUCAUCAAUGAGCCCAAACUUAGUGUGCUAAUAAACAGUAAACAUUUCAUUAACCACUCAUUACUCACAAGUAAUUACCUCUUUUAUAAAAAGCUGACUAAUAAAAUCUAACAUUUUAUUUCUGAAAUGAUAUUUACAAACUCCUUUUCAGAAUAAAAGAUUAAUUAAAAAGACAGGAAGUGAAAUAACGAUGUAUAAAAGCGUCCAGUCGGCUCGACGUUAUUCUGUUUCUCUGCUGAUCCAAGGUCAGUUUAAAGUCGUACUCGCUGCUCUGUGUCCCAGCAUGCAUCACACCUGUCUGCGUGCACUGAAAACUGUCUGAUCAUGUAGAUUUAUUACUGUUCACACUUUACUGUCACGUCUUAAAAUCAGUUUACCUUCAGCUGCGUUCAUGUGCGGUGGGAGUUUCAGACGUGUAAACAGCCUUCAGCAACAUUCAAGUCUUAAUUACACAUUCACAUUUUUAUUGACUAUCUGACUCGUCAGUACGAAACAUUUAGCGCUAAAUAUUCCAUAUUUACACUUUAAGCCAAGCUAAAUAUUCUAAAUAUGGAAUAUUUAAGCUAACGUGAAUAAAUAUAUUCACGUUGGCUUAAGUCAGUAAAAGGUUAUUAACCCAAAUUAAAUGCAUACAGUGCUCCAUAAUUAAUCUUGAUUUGAUCUCUACCAUCCAUCCUACAUGAACGCAGCAUUAGCACUACAUUUGAAUUUAUAUUCAAAGCUAACAGGUAGCUGGUAGAAGCUACGUUAGCCGAUGUGUUUGCCACUACCUGGUUUUCUCUUUGCAUCAGUCGUUCUGAUAUCGUGUCAAAUAAUGUUAAAAUUGGUUUAUUUCCAUCCCCAGAGCUCAGCUGCUAAUUCACUAAUAUUAAUUACCUAGCAGCUAAUUGCACUAGAAUUCAUUAGUGAAUGAAUUAAGAGCCCAGAAAGAAGUGAGUAAAGUGGCAGGUGGUAAUGUGUUGCUAAUUUAAUCAGAGAAACAACCACGUAAUUACACACCUGGACAAACUAUUGGUGAAAUAGAUAGCAUGUACCCUGCUAAUGCUAAACGUAGCCUACUGGCUAUGUUAGCUUGUGUGCUAGUUAGAUUUCUUUAGUAACUGAACAGGGGUUAGCUGGCUGACGUUAGCUAAAAUCAAUCAGAUGGGAGGAUAAAUGUUCUUCUGAGACUCGAAACACAAACGGCUGUUUGCAGAGCUGAGGACGUCCAACAUGGCCGCCGGCGUCCUCACCUGAGGACACCUCACAGACACCUGAGGACAAGUGACAUGUGGAACUUCUGUAACAAACUGAGAACCGGAGUGCAACCAGAGGAGGGUUUGAGGAACGAUUGUUUUUAUUCACAGUUGGAUGUUCGGUGCUGAACUUUUAGCGUUCAGCAGAUUGUAGCCCCGCCUCCUCCGCCCACAGGUGCUGUUGCUUUCUCACAGUUUGUUGACCUCUGACCCCAGCCGUGGUGCUUAUUCCGGGGUUCACCUGAACUGUUUCCUCUCCUCGUGUCUACGGUUCCUUCUGAUCGUCUCAGCGGGUUUUUACCGGCUCUGAUUGAAUGAAAAGAAAACUAAAAAAAAAGACUGUUAAAACUCCACUAACGAUUUUAUUUUCUGAAUUUGUAAACCGAUGUAUAUUUUAAAACAAAUAAAAUAUUUUAAACGUA